AUGGCGGACGCGAUCGCAAUGCCAACCUCAAUUGAGAAGGUCAAUGGCACAGCAAUUGAUCCGGCUAUACAGAUACCUAAGAUCGAAAAUGCCGCGCCCACGGCGACAGCUCCUCGUCCGCCUCGGGGGCCGACCAAAUUUCAGAUGUUGAAUAAGCGCUAUGCUUUGCCCGCCCCCUUGCGAACCUUCCCGCUUCCAACGUUUGUACCUCACAACCCUCUUUCUCUUCUGCACAUACUCUAUGUUUGGGUUUCUCAAACACUUAGUCCACAGUCCUCCGGCUUUGAUCCUCUAUAUCAAGGUUGGUUUUCUGCUGAGACUCGAUCAGUACAUGUCAUCGACCCUCGAUCUGCCAAGGCACUGUGGGAUCAAGGGUUCUAUGGCAAAGGAAACUUGAGUCGAAGUGAGCCCAAUUGGCUCAAGGCUGAGAAGGAGAAACAGGCAAGAGGCUCGAGUAAGGCGAAAACAAGUGAAGAGCUCACUCGAAAAAGACGCCGGGAAAGGCAGCAGGUUAAAUGGGAGCGGGCGAGGUUACAGAAAGAAGCCAUUGACCAGAAAUUACUCGAGGAAGCCGAGGCGGCCAAUAGACCAGACGUAGCCAUCAAUGGAAUUCCUUUGCAUGUAGAGAUCUCUUCCGUCGUCUCUGCUGUGGACACUCCCCCGGAAUUAAGUACCAGUGACGAUGCCUCUGAUGCUACCACACCUCGAGGUUUCGUUUCCCCUGUCGGACCUCUCGAGCUGUUACAACUUCCGAAUUCCGAGGCUGAACUCGUCUCUCUCUUCAAUGGCACAAAGCCUUUCGUGACUGAGAUCAAUCUUUCUUCUGAGCAGUCGCCAGAACUGGACGGCAUCAUCCGCCAUAUUGCACCUGUGGGUCCACUAGAACUUCUAGCCUUGCCCAAUUCAGCCACAUCAUUGGUUGCAUGCAAUAUUGAAGCACCUGCGAUGCCCUUGGAGUCCUCUAUAGCAACCCCCGCGGCACAAGGAAUUCUUGGGAAUGUUAUCACUCGAGACCUAGAUACUGCUGGCAAUAGUUCGAUACAUCACGAUGGGCUUUUUCUGGACGGUUACACUAAAGCUAACGAUACUGUUUCGACAUCCGUUACCAGUGACGAGGUUUCGAUGGCUUCGUCAAACACAGAAGAUACAGCCAUUGAAGGUCUUAAAAUUGAUAGCACUCCAAGACUUAAACGUCAGAAAAGUGUUCGCUUUUCACCCACUGUGGAGCAAAACACCUUCAUGCAAAAUCAACCACCAAGUCCAGGUCUUAUCAACGAGGUCAUCCUCCCCGCGGCUGCCGUUGAGGUGAAGUCCUUGGCCAUCAAAGAUCAAGAGCAUACCCAACUCACCUUGGAAGAAGCAUUCUUCUUGUCCUACGCCCUCGGCGCGAUUUCUAUUUACGACCCAGAAACAAGAAGUGCAAUCUCGAACCAAAAUCUAUUAUCCCUUUUCCGUCGCACAUCCUACUUCCCACCUUUAUUGGAAGAUACCCUACUCGCCCCGGACGACCCAUUCAUGCUUAAUUACUCUGUAUAUCAUCAUUUUCGCUCUCUCGGCUGGGUUGUCCGGUCAGGAGUCAAAUUUUCGGUCGAUUUUAUGCUAUACACUCGUGGCCCGCCAUUCUCUCAUGCGGAAUUUGCGGUUCUUAUUUUGCCUUCAUAUAGUGAUUCAUAUUGGGAUAAUAACGAAGCUGCCAAAGCAAAUGAGAGACGAACCUGGGCGUGGCUGAGCUGUAUUAAUAGGGUCAUAACUCAGGUCAAGAAAACGGUUAUUUUGUGCUAUGUGGAUAUUCCCAGACCUAUCACUGCCGCGGAGGAAGAGCAGUUGGAUAUUCGUGGCGUUCUGGCGCGAUAUAAAGUUAGGGAAUUUGUUCUGAAGCGUUGGGUAUCGAAUCGUCAGCGGUCUGCAUGA